AUGAAGCUCAAUCUUGUCACUUUCUUUGCCUGCCUCCCCACCCUCUUCGUUGAAGCAAGCAAAUUUGGGAGCGAGAACGUCUCCUUAACGUCGGCAUGUCGACGUGCUUGCUCUCGUAUUGCCAGCGACUUCAACUCGGCCACAUCUAAUCCGGGAAACGGGAACCUCACUGUCUGGGAUGCCAAGCAGCAGGCUGUCAAGUCGGCCUGUCGUGUUGUCCCUGUAUCUACCGACGAGGUAUCCCGAGUGAUGAGCAUCGUGGUCGAGGAAUCAUGUCACUUCGCCGUAAAGGGAGGAGGCCAUGCCCGUUAUCCCGAUGACUCGGUGUCUGUUGGAGGAGUGACUAUUGAUAUGCAGAGAAUGAGAUCUAUCCACGUCUCACCGAAUCAGAAAACCGUGAAACUGGGCGGCGGCCAUACCCUACACAGCGUGUACGAAGGCCUUAACCCGCAUAACCUGACGGUAGCUGGAGGUAGAGCCGCCACGGUCGGUCUUGGUGGAUAUACCCUCGGUGGAGGCAUCUCGCAUCUCUCCCCGAUAUAUGGACUAGCCAUGGAUAACGUGUUCGAGUACGAGCUUAUCCUACCUAAUGCUACCGUGGUGGUAGUAACCGAGGACGCUCAUCCCGAUCUCUAUUUUGCCCUCCGCGGCGGUAUGAACAACUUCGGCAUUGUGACUCAUUUCAUCAUAAGGGCCGUGUUCCAAGGUCAGAUCCACGCCGGAGACAGGACCUACACAAUAGAUAAGAGAGACGCCAUUUUAGACCAAGCAUACAGACUCACGACACAAUGGAAAAACAAUACAGCCAUAUCCUUCUCUCAUGGCUUCGGUUAUCACCAAAGUACUGGUCAGUAUACCGUGUCCUUCACCCCCGAGUAUUCCCAUCCAAUCUUAAAUCCUGCUCCAUUUGCCGAACUGAAACGCAUUCCCUUUGAAACCGAUACCGUUCGCCUCGGCCUUGCAAGUGAGUUCUCUGAGGACGUCUCGUCGGCAACGCCUCGAGGAGGUCGCAACCUGUUCGCCACUGCGACGUACUACCCAUCAUCGGAGCUCGAUAAACAGAUGCAAGAGAUCAUGAUGGACGAGAUCAAGUCGGUAAAAUGGGUUCCAGGAUUCCAUCCAAACAUGAUUAUGCAGCCACUUUAUGAGGCUGCCAUUCAUGCUGGAAACCAACGCGGUGGGAAUACCGCGGGGAUCGAAGCAGAUGGCCCUCUUACUGUUGUUCUAUCAACCGUCCUCUGGGAGAACUCUGCCGAUGACGAUGCAAUGAACAGAUUUGUCAGUCGAUGGGUAGAAAGUGCCACUAGCCUCAUCCACAAGUCGGGAAAGGAUCAUCCUUGGCUUUAUAUCAACUAUGCGAGCAAAGAUCAAGAUCCCUUUUCGGGAUACGGGGAGACAAAUCUCCAACGACUGCGAGAUAUCCAGAAAAGGGUUGAUCCUUCAGGUGUGUUUACAUCAACAGGACUGUGCAGAGGGUAUUUCAAAUUGUUGUAA